AGCGACACCAAUUCAUCAUAAUUCAUUGCAGAGGCGAGGAGUGGGACGCCAUGUCCAGUGAGUUGAAGGAGUUCUUUGCCGUCCUGCUGCAGAUUGCCAGAUGGAUCUUGGACGUGACUCUAACGAUUAUUUGCCUGGUCUUGCUGCUUUUUGCGGCUUGUGUGCCUUGACGCCUUCCCUUUCUCCUGGGAGCCUUCCAAGCUGAGAGCCUGUACCUGUUCCAGACGGAAUGCGCGUCGCAGUUCGGCUACUCUUUGCUGGACUUGGUUCUUCUGAUUUGGGUGCUGCCUUCCUUGCUAUGGUUCCCCCGCUGGCCAGGCGUGUGCUCGGCCGUCAAGGCAGGGCGGCGAGAAGUUGGGCCACUCUAUCGCAAUGAAAACUACGACACUCACACCAGAGAGGUCUGGUUCCUCCAUGCCUUGGAAAGCUAUUUCGAUCUCCUGGCGUUGCCCUUCGCUUUGGCCUUGCUGUUGGCACCCUGGCGAUGCACCUCGCUGCACACCGAGGACUUGAAGCGCACACUCUCGCACCGCAACACCUGUGGCGAGCAGCUCUCGGCCAUACGUGAUUGGGCUUUUUGUGCUGGGUUUGGUGCCAUCAUUGACCUGCCCUUCAUUGCGAUUGCUUUGGUGUCACUUUGUGUUCCAACACGACUUAUGGCAUUGCUGUCGGUCCUCUUUCUCAGACACGGAUUUCAUGACAAAACGAGUGACUGGGAAGCGCGUUGCUAUUUGCUCCUUCUUCCAGUCUUGUCGUUGGUUGACGUGAUGGCUGGUUUGUUGGCUUAUGCUGCCAUGUUGAAUCCUUUGCGCGCAGACACGCUGCACCAGCUUCUUUCCUCAAGUUGGUACGCCGACCCGGAAUCUUGCUGUUGUUUCGACUCUGAAGUUCAGUCUGCUGCGCGCUGGAAUGCACACCUGCGCGGGAUUGCGAUCAAGACAGGUUUGGCAUCCUUAAUGGACUUCUUGCUGUUCCCAGUGGGACUAGUUCUUGGCCUCACAGUCUACCGAGCAGGCCCCUUGCUGAAGGCCCUUUGGGGCUACGACGAGCUUGGUGAACCCAUUUUGGAGGAGUCUCUUCCCAUCUCCCGGAUUCAUGCCAUCAUCAUGAAGCAAUUUGCCUUGCUGCUUUUGGACCUGUUGACUCUGCCAAGUUUGAUUUUGGUGCUUUUAACCGGGUACCGCUGUAGCGCCACGCAGCAUCUUAUGGAGAGGAUGAGAGCAAGGAAUUAUGGAGCUAUGGCGUACCAUGUCGCAGUUGUGAGCAACUCAUUGGUGAUCAUGCAUGAUGCUUUCCUGGCAGUAUGCUCCUUGACACUCCUCCUUACCGUCUACCGUCUCCCGCGCGUGAUUCGUGUGCUGCAGCGUCAAGGUGUGAGCAGCGACAGUGACAGCGGCAGCGAGAGCGACAGCAGCACCAGCAGCAGCUCCAGAAUGCGUUUGAAGAUAUGGCAGGAAAUUGGGCACCUUCUCUUGGAUUUGCCGCUGCUGCCCCUUUUGCUGAUCCUACUCCUCACAGUCUGGAGGGCUGAUUUAGUGCUUCAAGAGAUAUGGCACGCUGAAAGCGACUGUGAGGGAAGGAAAGUUGUGGCGCUGCAGUUUCUGGAGCUCCUUCGCGACAUGCUUGCCUUUGUCGCCUUGCUAAUUCUGGCCGUGACUCUGGUGAGGCUUCCCAAGGUGCUUUUGGACAUUUAUGCUCAACGCGCCAGACCGGCCACCGGGACGCCGCGCCUGGCGCUGCGGAGCGUGCAGGUGGCCGCGCCCAACGACGACCGGCUCACCUGGUACGUGGCGGCGGACCAAGAGUCCUCUCGAAAGCGGAACGAACUGGGCGUCAUUCGCAUCAACGUCAUCUCGCAAGCGUUUUGGGAAGACAUCGGUCGUGUCUUUGGGACGGCGGUGUCGAGCCUGGGAAAAGCCUUGCUGCCCUACACUCUUCAGGAAGGCAAGCAUUUCGAGUACAAUGACCUCCUGCCUCAAGCUGUUCAGAUGGAGCUGAAGAUUGGUGGGGAUGAACUGAAGAAACGGCUAUUGCAGCUGGAUGGAGACAUGACCAUGUGUGUGCAGAUCGAGCACAGAGCGCCGGAUGGUACGGAGGAGGUCAUGGGGCGACUUCCGAUUCCAGCACGUGUCCUGCACGAUGCGAUACGACGUCCUGAAACCGUUGUGCAGGUUCCAGAGGAGUUCAUUGCUGCUGCCAGAUCGCCAGAUCUUCUAGAAGCCGUUUGCGGGCCUUUGUUAUCUGGAUCGGGCAUUCGAAACGGUCUUUGGAUAUGUGCUUUCCGCGAAUUGUGGCAGCUUGUCCUGGAUUUAUUGCAUUUGCUGCUCUUCCUCUUGCUACUGGCCUCACCCUUGCGCCUCAUGCAGUACCUCUACUUCGCGGGCUCUUCAAAUCAGGCUUGGCUACGCAAGCUAACUCGCCAGAUGGUCAGCGUUCUAUAUCUCAAGGACAGUAUGCUGAGGAUGUACCGGGGCCUGGGGCUGGAGCCAGCUUUGAAUGCUGCGGCCAAGGAUCCUCCUAGCAGGACCUCCCAGUGCUUGGGAGAUUUGGCCUCCAAGCUGAUGCAACAAACCACCUGGCCCACGGGUGCGUCCUUGCUCCGAGAGCUAGAGGCACAUCCGGAGACCCAGGAGUUCGCGAAAAAGGCCCUGAGGUGCUCCUCUCUGCAAGAUGCUGUGGCCAGCUACUGGCCAGGCUUGAUUCUGGGUGCGAACCUUCAGCUCCUGGAGGAGACCAUCAACCCCCACCAGCAUGCGUUCGCGCUCGAGAAGAUCCGUACUGCACACCUUCGAGCGGAACAGCUGAUCGUUCAGCUGCUGGCGGAGUUGGAGCACUGGGACUUCGAGGUAUCGGUCAAGGUUGACGAUGAUGAAGAGGUCGGCCUGCUAUGUGGGAUGCUGCAGAAGUCACUGGAGGAGCACAGGCACUUGAUUCGGACCUUCGUCCUCAAGGUCUUGAAAGACUAUGGUGCGCUGCUCCUGGGGCUCCUCCUUUUGGCCUCUAUGUACCGCGUACCCGCAAUGGUGAGAGGAUUUUGUCGCGAGAAUCACUCGAUGCUGACUCACAGGGUGCGUUUGGUGCUGACCUGCCAAGCUAGGCUCUUGAUGUGGGACUUGUGGAUGCUGUUCACCACACUCCUCGCAAGCUUGCUGGCCAUUCUCACCUUAGUCCGAGCGUUAGAGUUCCUGCAGGUUGCAUUUUUGUACUGCAAGAGCUUGCAAGACCUUCGUGCCGCUGCAUGGAGAGCUGUCAAGGAUGCGCUGAGCUCCUUGUGGGAGCUUAUUUCACUUCUGACCCUUUGGGAGACUUACACAAGCUUGGUCCGCGCCAGCAUUUGUGCUGUGCUAAUACCCGCGUGGGGCUUGACGCCUUUGCCACACUGGUUGCGAAUCAUCCUGUGGCUAGGCCUUUGCUCGCUGCCAUGGCUGCUGACCUUACAGCGGGCUGUGAUCAUCUUUGGGGCGUUGGAGGUGGUCUUGUUCACGAUAAACCUGCUGAGGAAAGGAUGUCAGACCUGCCAGGCACCUUCUGCCUACUUGAAUGCCAUGCGGAUGACAGGGAUCAAUGGAUUGGUGCUCGUGUUUGUGGUGGGGGAGGGUGUGAUGCUGGCAAGCGUUGAGUACCUUGAGCCGCUCUUCAUGAACUGGACCUGGUUUAUAGUUGCUGCGUGCGUUGGAGUUUUGUGGCUCAUUGUGAUGUCCCUCCCGCACGCCAUGUCUUCAUCCAUCAAGAGCUGUGUGGAUGCUGUCAAGUUUCAUAUGGCUAUCCAGCUAUUGCGACGAUGUUGCUUGCUGCCGGCUGCUGUGGUCUUUCUUUCACAGAUGGACCCGCAAGCGCAGGAUGCGACCUCGCGAGCAGCUGGCAUGCUGCUGGCUUUUCUCUCCUUCACAGCAGUCUUGGGUUGGGACUUGCUGUGCCAGGAGCAUUUGCCAGAGAAUUUGGGUUUGGACCUGGUGCAGCCUCCAGCCUUCCUAGCAGGAUUGUUCUUCGCCCAGGUCGCUUUUGUCCAUCAGCAGCUCCACGGAAACCUUACGACAUGCUUCGCGGCGUCGCUCCUCAUGCCUGUUUGGAUCCUGAGCUUCCAGCUGGUGAGUGGGAGCAUUGGCGGGCCACUGUGGCUGAUGCCGCUCCAGCUGGCUGCUUCUUGCCUGGUUUCAUAUUUGGCCUGGGCCCGGCUGGUGCACUUCAAUCACCAGUGGGCAGGCGCAGCUUGUUUGGCACUGCUCGCGGCGCUGGGGUUCCUAGCUGCUUGGUGGCUGGCGCGGCGGUGGCGCCGUCAGGCGUCCUCGGGGGCAGCACAGGUCUUGAAACAACUGCUCGAUCGACUGGCCCAAAAGGGCGCGCAGCUCGAGGCGGCGACCCUGGUCGAGACGAAGGGCGAGGAUUUGAGCCCCGAAGAGGGUGCAAUGCAAUUGGAGGUUCUCGAGAAGGGGACUCGGAUGGAGUAUCUCAGCAAGAGUUUCUUGUCCACUCGCCAUGACUGGCUCUCCUCCUUGCGUGCCGGGCGCCGCCACUUCGAUGUGGUGGUGACCUGUGGCACUGCGCUCCUGGAGGCGAUUUGCACCCCUCCCAGCACGCUGCAGAUCUUCUCGCUGAUGCGGCGCAAGAGCGGGCGACGGGUCCCUACAGCCAUUUGGCAGAUUAUCCUGGAAUUUGUGAGCGAUGUGAAGUACAUGUCCAAGAUGCUCAAUCCUGUAGUGCAAAACUUCAACAGCGGCGGUCCUGAUCGGCAACUGAUGAGGGCUUGGGAGCUCAUGAAUGGAGAGCCUUGACAUGCCUUGACAUUGAGGGGGUUUUAGAUGUGUCUUUUUGCUUGUGGGUAUUGUCAGUCCUAGAUUCGAACUAUUUUGCAAUUCUAAUUCCACAGCAUAAACUACCAAAAACCCGUCCUCGAAGCUAACCGCUCAGUUCCAAACGAUGCUUUCCGACGGGAGGGUUGCAGAUAAAGCGAGUCUACUUCGGCAACCAUCUCAUCCAGCCGACACCAGGCCGUGUCCUCUUGCGCGCACCCCCCGAAAGCGGGGUCGGAAGAUUCGGAAGAUAUCUAUUCCAACAGUUAGGGCUCCAAAGGUCAAACACAGUGAGGUAGCCUCCAGGUGUGGCAGUUUCGCAUUCGGCAGGUUGGCGUCCGCGUGCGCUCCUUCGAGCUCACCCGUGGCCAAGCACCGCUCUUCGUGCCGCAGAACUUCCGCAGCCUUCAGGGCUUCCCUGUGACCGUGCUGGAUGAACGGGGCCCCUGGCGAGGUCGCAUCACUAAAGUGUGGAGAGAUUGCGUCGAAGUGAAGAGCGCGCUCAGCGGCUGGCAAAAUGUGUUCGUAUUCUCGGAUGGGCGAGUCCAAGUUCUUUCGCAAAGCCCUGAGGACAGGCUGGCAGAAGAUUUGCACUUCUGGACCUUGUUGGUCCAUCGAGACCUCCGAGACGUGUGUCCCUGCGGGCGUCCGCGCAAGGGUGAACACAGCAACUGCUGCAGAAAAUGCUACAGACGCUACAGGCCAAACUGGGUGUCAAACGGCUAUGGCGACUUGGGUCACACUGCAGGGUGUGAGGAGCGAACGGCAGGCUUGGAACCCUACCAAGCAUAUAACUUGGAAGAUGAAAGGUCAG